AUGUAUAUUAAAAAAAAUCAUUCAAGGACUAAUCCCACUAACUAUGCAAAAAAGUUAGGUGAAAAGGCUAUCACUGGUUCAUCAACAUCGGUAGUGCAGUGCCAAGUACCACAGGAUGUUAUAACUGAGAAGCGAAAUAAAAGAAUUUCGAACGUAAAAUCUAGCCAUAAUCUCAUUUUGGAUAACGUCAGGGAACAGGCGAGUAACAUGAAGAUGAGGAUCCAAUUCGAAAAAGGGAUGGGAGGGACAAAACGAAGAAGGUCUGGUUAUCCUUCUUCAGGGUCUAAAAAGGGUCAUAUACAGUCUGAAUCGAAACUGAGAGUGAAGGACGACGCUGCCACAUCAUCACAUAAUCAAUCUACUUCCAAGGAAAAACUGGGACAGAUACGAGAAGUAAAUGAAAUUAGAACGGAAUCUAGAAAUCGACUACAGAAAGUGAAUGACCAAGCUAUUACAGUGGAGAAUGAUAAUUCGGGUUGCACGGCAAAAUCAAGACACAGACGAAAGUUUGAAGCAGGGAAAACAGGAUCUACGGAACCAAAUUCAAAAGUGAGGGACCAAUUUAUCACCUUGGCUAACGAUUCGAAUUUCAAGAAAGUAUCAGGACAGAAGAGGAAAUUUGAGGAAGAUAAAUCGGGAUUCACAGAACUGAAUAUGGAUGUGAAGAACAGAACUGUCAGAUUGGCAAAUCGUGAUUCAAGUUUUAUGCAAAAACCGAGACAGGAAGCAAAAAUUGAAGGUAAAUUGAGGUCUACAGAGUCGAAGCUAGCUGGGAAGAAGGAAGUAACCACUAAUUAUGGUUCUACGUCAAGGCUAAUGGAAAAAGUUGAGGAAGGUGCGACAGGAUCCAACACAUACGUGGUGGAGGUGAAGAAAUCAUCGAUUCGCAAAGACACUGCAACCCUUCAUAACAUACCUAGUAGAACUCAGUCUAAGUCCAAACCUUCUGCCUGGGCCAAGAGUAAGCAGUCUGACAACUUAUCAACAAUGUGCAAUUUGGCAGAAAAUGUGAUGGUAUUGCCGGAGUCGUCAAAACCCCACGAUGUAUUGGAGGACGUCACAAUUUUGAGUACCACAGCGUACGUCACAAAAAAACGAAUUUCGAAAGUGACAUCUGAUAACAGUUUCAUCAUAGAUAACAACAAGAAACAGGUCCUCGGCAAGAAAAUCAGAAUUUCAUCUCAAGCAAAUUGUGAGGGUGAUGGAGAACCUCAUACAAGGCAUUGUACAGUCGAGGAUUUGUUUGGAGAUAUGUCGGACGAGGAAGAGGAAUUGUCCGAGGAUAUUUCGCAAAUAUGUUCAGAUAUUGGCGUGACAGUAGACACAGAAGUUUCCAAUGAAUCGGAAUCAAACAAUUUCCUCGAUAGUACAGCGAAUCCUUCAUCGUCAGAUUCUAGAGGAGUAUGUGUGAACGUCAAAAUACCAGACGAAAAGGAAUUGUCAGAGGAUCUUUUGCAAAUAUGUUCAGAAAUUGGCGUGACAGUUGACACAGAUGUUUCCAAUGGAUUGGAAUCAAACAAUUUCCUUGAUAUAACCUCGAAUACUCCAUCGGCAGAUUCUAGAGGAGUAUGUAUGGACGUCAAAAUACCAGAGGCUUCUAUACCCAUCUUAUCAAAAAGACAGGCUAUUUUCAGAAACAUAUUUGGUGAAGUUUCAGAUGAGGAUAAUGGUCCAGACGAAUUUACGAAACGUAGUGUUGGUGUGCGUGAAUCAAUAGUGUCCAAAGAUAUUUCUGUAGAGGUCAUCAACCCAGAAAAGGAAGCAAAAGUCGCUUCUUUACCCGUCACAUCAAGAAUGCAGGCUAUUUUUAAUAAGUUGUUUGGUGAAGAUUCAGAUGAGGGAAAUGGUCCAGAUGAAUUUGCGAAACGUUGUGUUGAUGUGAGUAAGUCAGUAGUGCCCAAAGAUGUUUCUGUAGACGUCACCGAGCCAAAAAUGAUACCAAAGACUUCUCUUCCCAAAGCGACCUUGAGCUCAAUUUUUACUCAGGAGACAGCGAGUGAUAAUUUGCACAAUAACGAGUUGAACUUGCCGGAAGCAUCUGAAGUUAAAACGAAAAAGAAAUUCAAUGACUUGAUUUUACCGCGAAAAAGAUCUUUCCCCCUUAGAAUAACGGCAGUAACACAAUCCAGUCAAGAUGUAUUUAAACGAAAUCAUUCCAGGACUAAUCCCACUAACUAUGCAAAAAAGUUAGAUGAAAAGGCUAUCACUGCUUCAUCAACAUCGGUAGUGCUGUGCCAAGCACCACAGGAUGUUAUAACUGAGAAUCGAAGUAAAAGAAUUUCGAACGUAAAAUCUACCCAUAAUCUCAUUUUGGAUAAUGUCAGGGAACAGGCGAGUAACAUGAAGCUGAGGAUCCAAGUCGAAAAAGAGAUGGGAGAGACAAAACGAAGAAGGUCUGGUUAUCCUUCUUCAGGGUCUAAAAAGGGUCAUAUACAGUCUGAAUCGAAACUGGGAGUGAAGGACGACGCUGCCACAUCAUCACAUAAUCAAUCUACUUCCAAGGAAAAACUGGGACAGAUACGAGAAGUAAAUGAAAUUAGAACGGAAUCUAGAAAUCGACUACAGAAAGUGAAUGACCAAGCUAUUACAGUGGAGAAUGAUAAUUCGGGUUGCACGGCAAAAUCAAGGCAUAGACGAAAGUAUAAAGCAGGGAAAACAGGAUCUACGGAACCAAAUUCAAAAGUGAGGGACCACCUUGUCACCUUGGCUAACGAUUCGAAUUUCAAGAAACCAUCAGGACAGAAGAGGAAAUUUGAGGAAGAUAAAUCGGGAUUCACGGAACAGAAUUUGGAUGUGAAGAACAGAACUAUUAGUUUGGCAAGUCAUGAUUCAAGUUCAAUGCAAAAACCGAGACAGGAAACAAGAAUUGAGGAAGGUAAAUUGAGAUCUACAGAGCCGAAGCUAGAUGAGAAGAAGAAACUUGCCAUCUUAGCAAAUCAUGGUUCGAAAUCAAGCCGAAUGAAAAAAGUUGAGGAAGGUGCGACAGGAUCCGAGAAAGCAUGUUCUAACUCUGAUGUGGUCGGGCAGUUACACAGAGGAAUAACCAAUGGCAGGGAGGUUGCGAUUCCCCAUCUGAAUUAUGUCAAUAUGGGUGCUGGAGAUGGCCAACCGAAGAAACGCACUAAAUUAGAACAAGUUACUCACGACAAUUCUGAAUAUCUCAGAGGAAUACCACAAUGGGCAGCAAGAUUGGUGGAUAUGGGAUUAUUGGAGCCGCUAACAGCCUCGUCCCCAGUAUUUUUGCCACCAAAAAAAAUAAGGAUGGGAAAUAGUUAA